UAUACAAUUUUGAUUAAAGUCCCAAACUUUCCCAAGUUUGAAAGAGAAAGAGAGAGCUACUGAGUUCAAUGGUUGGGAUGAAUCGGGUUCUGAUAGCUUUAACGUUAGCUCUGCUAGUUUGUUCGGCGUUAUUACCUGUUUCCGAUGGCGCGAAGAAGAAACCGUCGUCUACGCCGAGAAAGGAGGAUGUUCCGUAUAUAAAGUGUCAGGUUUGCGAGAAACUAGCUUCGCGGUUACAUCAGCAAGUGAAGGAGAAGCAACAACAGAUCUCUCCCAAAAAGAUCUCGGAGUAUGAGAUCAUUGAGAUUGCUGAAAAUAUCUGCAAUUUGAAGAAAGAGGAAGCUGAUUGGAUGCUUAAGAUUGACAUUGUUGAGAAAGGCGAUAAGCUUGUGUUGGUUGAGCAAGCAGAAGAAGGGAUGUGCAAUUCCAAGUGCAAGACGAUUGAGGCUGCUUGUCAAAAGGUCAUUGGUUACGCAGACACUGAUGUUGCAGAGUAUAUUUAUACGUCUAAGCCUGAUCUUGUUUCAUUGGUAAAUUAUCUAUGCAAAGACUUGACUGAUGCUUGUAGCAAGAAACCACCUCCUGUUCCCAAGGAUCGGGUUCCUGGAGAACCAUUUGUGGCAAAACCAUCAAAAGAUGCCGAAAUGGACAAGAUCUUGAGAUCUAUGCAGGGUAUGCCCGGAGCACCUGGCAUGAAGGUCUUCUCUAGAGAAGAUAUAGAGAAGGGGAAUAUUGGUAAUGACGAUGAAGAUGGCGACGAUGAUGAAGAUGAGGACGAAGAUGAUAAGUUCCCCAAGAAUUUGGGAAAGGUUUUGAAAGAGAAAGAGAGUAAAACGGAAGAAUUGAAAAAGACUAUCACUAGGGAAUUCAAGAAGAAAGGUGAGGUUCUGAAGAGACAUGCACAGAAAGUGUCAAACCGGGUCCGUAGAUGGUGGAAAGGACUUAGAUCGUCUUCUACAAAGAAGACGAAAUCUGGAAAGUCUGAGCUAUAGAUAACGAUUUUAAAACUGGUUUUUGUCAUAAUGUAAUCUUUUUUCAGGUUGACUUUUUGUAGAUUUGCUUUUAGUUUCUAUAAUCUUAUGGAGAGAAGGUUGCAAGUGUUUGAGAAA